CGCGAGGAGGGUUUGGCGGAGAGGAGCUGUCAGAGCGUCGCCCUUGGUGCGGGAGGAACGCGCAAAGAGGCGCUGCCGGCGGCCACGAACGCUCCCACGCUCAUCAAGCCAUCACCUCUCGGGGUCAAGUGGACCGAGUCCCCGGGUCUUCUAGCGAAUCUCGUCACUUCAUGUUCUCGGCAGAUCAGCGGCUGCAGGAACUUACUUUGGGAUUUAUUUUUGUUCAUUUUUUUUUUGGGACAAAAAAAGCGUGCGGCAGCUGGCGGUGAUUUAUCGCGCGGCGGCUUUUUAGUCUCCUUGGGCUUUAACAUUUAAAUACGCGACUCGGCUCACUGCGGCGCGAAGUGGCGAGCUCUCAUUGCCGUUCGGAGUCGCGACGAGCAGUGGGAACGACUCGUCUUGCCGGGCCCGUGAAGACUGCCAACGUCUCUAAGAGAACAAAAUCACAACUCUGCCAGGUAAGACACGUGACACGAGCUUCAAACUCUGUCUGCAAGGAGUUAUUUUUUUUUUGCAGAAAUCUUCUCGCAGCGGGUUUAAUGUUACCACGGUGAAUAAAGAAUAGAAAUAAUUCCCAGCUAACGCAAGUUGUUGCCAAGAUGCUGCAGAAGGAUACUUAGAGGUCAGUAAUGUGAUCUGCGAUCGAGACUGAAGAAAUGUAAUGCGACCAAAUUCCCCGGUGUCUCUCCAAACGCAGCCUUCAAUUCGUUCGGCCAAACAUUGCAGAUACCGCAAUUCGGCAACAGUGCAGAGCGAACAGCAGCCGGGCGCGCCUGUGUUCUUGGGUCUCCGCAAGUAACUCCAUCGUCACGGACACAACAAAUGUCGCGCAAAGGACAAUGAAGACGCAAACUGGAAGCAUCUUAGGCGAGCGGUCGCCACCGCCGCAGCCGCCGCUGCUGCUGUGGCUGCUGGCGCUGCUGCCGUUCAGCUCCGGGCACCGACAUCCACCGCUCUGGGCAGGCGAACACGCGGACCUGUGCGCCAUCAGGGGGGACUGCGUGUGCGCCGGCGAGAUCGUCGACUGUAGCGGCGCGAACCUUUCCUCGCUGCUGCCGCUCUCGGCGCCGGACUACGCAUCCGUCCUCGACCUGAGCCGCGGUCACUUCCCCGCCGUGUCGCGAGGCUGGCUGAGCGGGGCCCGGCGACUGCGCUCGCUCUCGCUGCGCCACUGCGGCGUCCGCAACGUCUCCGCGUCCGCCUUCGACGGCCUGAGCCGCCUCGCGCGCCUCGACCUGUCGUCCAACCGGCUGCGCACCGUGAGUCGCGCCGCGCUCGCGGGCCUCGCCUCCCUCGAGGAGCUGCUGCUCUACAACAACCGCAUCGCCGAAGUGGAAGCGCUCGCGUUCGCGGACGCGCGCUCCCUGCGCCGCGUGCUGCUCGCGCGCAACGCCCUCGACGCGUUCCCCGCGGACGCGUGGCCGUCCGGAGCGCUGGCGCGCGUGCACCUGCUCGACCUCUCCUACAACCGCAUCGAGGAGGUGCCCGUGGCGCGCGUCGGCUCGCUGCCCGCCGCGCUGCGCCAGAGCCUCCUGCUGCACGGCAACCCGCUGCGCUGCUCGUGCGCGCUCUACCUCAUGCUCAUGAGCUGGAUGAGGCACGAGCUCACGUCCGUCCGGAGGCACCAUCGCGAGCUCACGUGCCGCCUGCCCCACGCGCGAGAGCCCAUUCGGCUCUUCCAGGUGCAGGAGGACCUCAUGGGCUGCAGCCCCAACGCGUCGCUCCUCGUGAAGACCAGGUCGGAGUACAGCGCCAACGUGGGCGACACGCUGCUGCUGCAGUGCGACUCGCGCCUCGCCCUUGAGCCCAGCACCACCUUCGCGUGGCUCGACAAGGGCGGCGUGCGCCACGUGCACCCGCACCCUCGCCGCCUCGACAACGGCAGCUCGCCGCUCUACGUGCACGCCAACGGCUCGCUCGAGAUCCGCGACUUCAACGCGAAGCUGGAGGGCACGUACGCGUGCCAGGCUCUCAACCUGGCGCUGGAGCUCAACGAGACCCUGUGGGUGAACGUGACGGUGGCGCCGCCCGCGGAGCCCUUCAACACCGCCUUCACCACCCUCAUCGCCUCCUCCGCCAUCCUCUUCGUCGUUCUCGUCUACCUCUUCCUGCCUCCGUGCGACUGCCACUGCCGCAGCCGGCGUUGCGGCGGCGGCCGCUGCGGCCGCUGCUGCUGCUGCUGCCGCUACGUGGGGGUGUCCGGGUGUCAGGCGGAAGACGCGGCGAUGAGCAUGCGCGACUCGCAGGCGUCCAUCCUGAGCAACGCCACCAUGUCACCACCGACGCCGCCGCAGCAGCAGCUACAGAUGCAGCAGCAGCAGAAGCACCACCACCAGCAGCUGGUGGGGGAGGAGAAUGGAGCCGGGCAGCAGCUCAGGCGCAAGCUGAGCGGCGUCAAGCGAGUGUCGAUCAUGGAGCCCGAGGGGCAGGGCGCCCACAACGGGCGCGCGUGCGCGCUGCCGAGCGACGACUUCCACGAGGAGCACCUCCUCAAGAUCCUCAAGAUGAAGUCGGACUCGGAGUCCAACUGCUCCGUCUACUCCGACACGCCGAUCGUGUCGUUGUGAGGGCCGCAGAUGGGAGGGGGGGCUCAGGGGGGGCUCGGGGGGGGCUCCCUCACCCCCCAAGGGGGGGGUGGGGUGGUCAGCAAGUUCCAUCGCCACUCGCGAGGACGCUUCAGGCUGCAAGGCGGACGUGUUCACGUGCGGGGUGAGCUCACCCUGAGGUUCACGUGUGGGGUGAGGUCACCCUGAGGUUCACGAGCGGGGUGAGGUCACCCUGACGUUCACGUGCGGGUGAGGUCACCCUGAGGUUCACGUGCGGGUGAGGUCACCCUGAGGUUCACGUGUGGGGUGAGGUCACCCUGAGGUUCACGAGCGGGGUGAGGUCACCCUGAGGUUCACGAGCGGGGUGAGGUCACCCUGAGGUUCACGAGCGGGGUGAGGUCACCCUGACGUUCACGUGCGGGUGAGGUCACCCUGAGGUUCACGUGCGGGUGAGGUCACCCUGAGGUUCACGUGCGGGCGAGGUCACCCUGAGGUUCACGUGCGGGGUGAAGUCACCCUGACGUUCAUGAGUGGAUGAGGUCACCCGACGUUUAAUUCGCAGAGGUCGACAGCAGCGUGCGUCACGUGGCAGGCGUGCGCGUGCGCGCUGUCGUACGAUGGCGAGAAAACAAGUUUUGCUGGCUGGCUUGCUGGCGCGCGGGGCAGACAAGUGUGUGCGGUGGUGACGUCAUGCCGCUUCCCCCCCACCCCCCCGGCUAUCAACCCUCCACCCCACGUGUAUUCCCGCGCAAAUGCAUGGGCAGUGCGAAUCAGAAAUUUUAAUGGUUUGGAUUCGGAAGCAUUCGGGGGGUUCAGAGGUCAGAGCACGUCGCUGGCACCGUUGGUAUCCUGAGUUCAAAUCAAAUCUCUCAGCCUCUGCCCGAUCACCAACGGCUGCUCAUGACAAAAGCAUCACAUUUGGCUUUGCACUUCAUUCCACCAAAGUUCCAGCUCUGAGAAUCGUGAACUAAAAACUCUGGCUUGGCUGUCAUGCUGCCAUGUGACAACAUUUACUCUGCGUAGCAAUGUGGGUUGGGAAAGUGCUGCCACCAUCCCCCCUCCCCCCUCCCCCCCGAGUAUGGAUAAGAGGUCACGUGAAGAGAUUUCAGAAGCGACUCUGCGAUGUCUCCUUCUGCGGACCGCUCCCCAACGCUCAGCGGUGAUGUCCUGGCUCUCCGAGACUUGAGAAUGGAUGUUUCAUUUCCUGACAAGAGGCUCCGAAGGCGCAAUUUGGGGAUGCCAUUGGGAGACGUUGAGCAAAAAUGUCUCCGAAUAAUUUAAAUUCAGAAGUAAAAAAUUACGACAGCUCUCACCAACUAGGCCACUGUCCUGAAGUCCGAUUUGGGUUGUUUUUGUCUGACGAGCCCCACUCUUCGCACACAGCAUGCCGGCACGGGCUGCAAAAAUGCAGAUUAUUCACCUUGAGUUCUUCACUUUACCGAUGCGAAGACGAUGGGGAAAUAAAAACCAGGGUCACGAGAAUGCAAAUGAACUGUUUUGUAUUUCACUCUCAAGGGUUCAAUUUGAAUCCGAGCUCAGCCCUAAAUGAAAUGCAGCCAAGGCGGGACGUUGGCAAAAAUCAACGCCGCUGUUUGAGUGUUUAAUCCCACUUGAGACUCAGCUUGAGACAUCCUUAACAAGGAUGGAAUGAUGAGAGGUUGGGACCAAAUUUCAAUUCUGCAUCCGGUUUGUAAAUCGUGUGCUACUCUGAAGGCAUGAAAUGGGUUUUAUUCAAAACGUAAAGUGCUUCAGAGGCGAACGUAAACGAUGUUCCCGGAACACGACGGCAAUCAAAUGAGCUCAUACCAACCACCGCCGCACCAGUGGGAGAGACACAUUUCUACUCGUCCGCGUGAAAUUCCGCAAUUUUUGCUGAACAUCUCUCAAUCGGCGUCGUUAUUUGAACAUCUCUCCCCGUCAAAUUUUGACGACGUCGAUUCAGUUUGUGCCUGCAUGAGAUCGGGGGGGGGGGGGACCCACCAAAAAACCUGACGAAUUAUUUGGUGAUGAAUUUCGUAUUUUUUGUUACCUGCUAUGAAGAAGGGCCAAUGCUCAAAAUGUCACCUUGUUGUAUAAUGCGUUUUUUUAUUUUAUUUAAGGCCACGCGGUGUCACUGACGAAUUUGUUGAGUUUGGUUUUGAUUUUGGUUUGUUAAGCUGAGACCGUGGCAUUGAGCACACGCACGCCGCCCAUCUCGACGUGAACCCAGAUCUGCCCUCUGACGCCCACCACUCGCGAUCACGGCGUUUGAACGCAAAGCACAAUGCAGAAGGUUACACGCGGGAAGAUGCAACACGACGCUAUUUAUACAAAGUCAAGACGUAGGCUUUCGCAGCCAAGGACCAUGAUUCAUAGUUAACCGGGGGUCGUCAUUACGUGCCCUAACCAGAAAAUCAACUGUGAAUCAGAGGAUAACCUUGCUUAUAAUUCAAACUGAACAAAUAAAACAUCUGCAAGUCAGCCGAUGGCUUUCUAGCUUCCUAAACUGCAUCGGCACACGAACAACGGCAGCAAGCGGCAUAUGCGGCGCAUACUUGGUGAUGCACAAAUAGAAUACUAAAACACUAAAACACUCUCCCGCAGUGCGUGGGGAACUGUGGUCGCUCAGAGCGGACCACGAAACAUGGAACGACUCAGCGCCCGAGUCGCGUAUAUACGAAGGAGGCAUCAUCAUCAUCAUCACAGCGGUACAUUCCGCGACUCUUGACGCGGGUAUCUGGGCUGAACCACGUGAAUGUAAUGAUCACAGUUGGUGCUCUACAUCAACGUCAGUCCAUUCGAGGAAGAAGCGACUUCAACGUAUCUCGGUUUGUUUGUUUUAAACGGCAAGGGUCCCGGACCUCUGUCUCCCUGCACAAUCUUCCUUAAACCCUUGGAGAGAAAAACCCCGUGAUUGAAGAAACGCCUGCAUUUGUCACGACGCCUUUGCCGGCAAACGUGGGCCGUGGGUGUAAAAUGGAAAUAGCCUCGUGCUUUUGGGCCGUGGUCGUGCAGCUGCACCGCCUGCACGAUCGAGAGCUGAGUCACUGAUCCCAGUUGCAUGUGCCGCUGUCACACCACGUGAUCCCCCCCCCCCCACCCUCUUUCCCAAGCGGGACACAGUGAAAUGUCACUGCGCUCAGAAGAAAACUAAUAAAAAAACUUUACCUUGGGGAGUCAGUCAAGCUGCUCCGUGAAGGAGGGAAAGGAAUUAGCAGCAGCACACAUUGGUGAUUGUUCAAUAAUCAUGAACCACGUAAAAUGUGAAAAUAUGAAAUCAAAUUAGCUACAUUUUUUAUGGCAGUUUCCCAGCCGGUUAAACUAUCGUACGGUAUUAAAACAAAAAAAAAAUUCUGUGAAAACCUUCAGCAUGCAAAUUUACUCCUGUAAGGUUAUGAAUUUCAAAAACUAAAAUAGAAACAUUAUUCUGCUAAAAGCAUCAUCGCUCAUGGUGUAAUGUGUAAUCUCAAGGUUACACGGUGAUAAAUAUUGUAAAAAAUAAAUCAAGCAUAUUCUGUAUAAAGAUAUAUAUAUAUAAAUUUUAUAUCUUACUGUUAUAUUAUACAUAUGAAGAUGUCAUGGGUCUUACUAUAUCCUGUAUAUGAAUGAUUUUGCAAGUUACCACUGUCAUAUGAAUGCAAAUGAAAGUGCAUAAAAAAUUAAACGGAAUAAUUUUA